GGCGAUUGCAGCGACCAACUUCAACUUCCCGUCUUUCAUCAUCAACCAUCAACCACAGGCGCUGCCCGUUUCCACCCCAUCCCCAAUUUACCCAUGGCUAUUUAAUUCAGUUCGCACCCCCCACCAACAACCGCCACUCGCUGCCAAACAACCGGAGUGAGGUUCCAGCAUCGCUUCUCUCCAUGAUCUAAGUCGAGAUGGCCAGCAUCGACAGAUAUCGCCCGCCCCGCGAGGGCUACCAGCCUCCCUCCCUACCUCCGAAGCCCCCUCGCCCAUCCCGAUCUCCGUCUAAGCAGCGCGACGUGCCCCCGGCAGUUCCAUCGCCACCGGCUCACUCCUCACGCACAUCCUCGCUCCCACCACAGUCCCGACGAGGCGCCCCGUCUCCAGCACACCCGUCGCCGACAACACCCCGAGCCCGCGCAAACCAGUGGUACUUCACCGCGGAUGAGGCUCUCAGCUCACCGAGCAUAGUCGACGGCCUGGCGCCGGCCGACGAAAGAUUGAGAAGGGCCAAGGGGGUCAACUUCAUCUAUCAGGCCGGCGCGAUGGUAGAACUGCCGCAGACCACAUUAUGGGUCGCUGCUGUAUUCUUCCAUCGGUUCUACAUGCGCUGCAGUAUGGCAGAGGAGAAGGGCGGGAUACAUCAUUACAACAUAGCAGCGACAGCCUUGUUCCUCGCAAACAAAACAGAAGAAAAUUGCCGGAAAACAAAGGACAUCAUCUACGCUGUGGUCAAAGUUGCUCAGAAGAACCCGAGGCUCAUCGUCGAUGAGCAGAGCAAAGAAUACUGGAAGUGGCGUGACAGCAUCUUGAUGCACGAGGAGUUGAUGCUGGAGAUGUUGACCUUCGACCUGAUGGUGGAUAACCCCUACCAGCGACUGUACGAGUGUCUUACACAGCUCGACAUGCUUCAUAACAAGCGCAUAAGAGAUGCUGCUUGGGCAUUCUGCUGCGACUCGGCUCUCACCGUCCUUCCGUUACUCAUGAACGCCAACGCGAUCGCUAUCAGUGCUAUAUACUUCGCGACUGUCUCGCUAGAUGAGAAGAUCGAGGACGGGAGGGACGGUGAGCCGUGGUGGCGAAUACUGAAGGGUGAUGAGGCGCUCACGCAAUCAGCUAUAAGUGUGGUGAUGGACUUCUACUCGGAGAACCCUCUUAGGAAGUCGGACUCCCGGUAUCAAGGAUCACCUAUCUUCAGCCUGGAGAAUACCAGGCGGGGGCGCGAGCUUCCUAGCCAGACAGAGGCUGGAUCGAGUCACACCGGCACACCUAUGGGAACGGACCGUGGAACACAAAGUCCGCGUGCACGGUACCCAGGCAGGCCAGACCGAGAGGACGACACCAACGGUAACGUCGACACGAGAAAGGAAAGCGGGGACAAUGGAGACAGCGAGCCAGCGACAUCGCAACAAAGGGGCGAUGCUGACGCGACUCUCAAGAUUGCAGCCAACGACAUGGAUACUCACGCGGCAGACCGAAAAACCAACGGUGUCAGUAACGGCCUGAAAUCCCCAGGCUCGAAACGGAAGACGCCAGACGUGGACCUGGACGAGGUGGAGCGAGAGACCAAGCGAGCACGGUUGUCCGAUGAGGACGAAGGAGAAGUCCCGGGCUAGGUGCCCACCGGCAUGACGCCUGACAAUUACCUAAGGAAAAUCCGGGGUAUCUACACGGAAAUAAUCCCCAACAGCAGUGAUAGGCGAAGGGAUAGCAUCUUAUGAUGCAAAUGAGGGCCGCAAUGCAAGGUGGUCCAUGGAUCCCAGACAUAGCUCCACAUGAGAACCGCUUCGUGAGACAUCAGCGCGCAUUGUUUGAGAGGAUAGGAGGACGCGGUGUGCGAGCAUUCAAGGAUAUGAGGAGAUUAUUCGCAGAGUCCUUCUUUCCAGUACAUAAAGGGGAUCUCGGAUUAGCAGGCGAGGUUAAGGCCCGUCAGCAAGUAUUGAUAGACUGCGAUAUCCCAGGAUGACAGGCAUACCCACUCAGGCGUGCUCUACUAGGACAGGCCGACCGAGUUCAUUGAUUUUGAGACUUUGGAUUCUUGCUA